AUGAAUAUUACUGGUAACAUUCUGCUAUUAAGUCACUUUAGAAGACUGCUGAAGCAAUCUUGUGCACUCUAUUUGAGUCUCAUUCUUGACAUCAGUGCCAUGACCAGAUUGAACUAUUUUGGCCUGAUUGAUGUAUCUGAUCACUCUAUCUCUGCUGCCCCCACUUCUGCUGCCAUCAUUCACUGUCUGUGUUCUGCUCCUGUCCCACCAACUACUGCCACUGCUCCACCACCAUUACUACUGCCCACCAUUAUCUCUCUGUCUUCUUCUGGUGCUGACAGGAUCUCUAUCUGUCAAAUAGUGAGUAUUAGAGCCUCUGUCCAGUUCACAAAGCUGGUUCUGGAGGAGCAGGAAAAGAAGAAAAAGGAGAAAAAGAAGAAGAAGAAGAAGAAAAAGAAGAGAAAGAAGAAGAAAAAGAGAGAGAAGAAGAAAGAGAAAGAGAAUUAUAAUAAUAACAAGAAUAAUAAUGAUGACAAGAACAAUGACAAUAAUAAUAAUAAUGAACUUGUCAUUUAG